AUGGAGCUGUCCGCCGCCUUCGAGGAGCGCGUCCGGCAGAUGGAGGACGCCCGCAACCACCGCCUCGCCCUCCUCAACGCCGAGAAGGAGAUCCAGGCCGCCAAGCUCCGCAUUCUCUCCGCCAAGCUUGCCGCCACGCGCCGACUCGAGUGCCGCCGCCUCCUCCUCGAGCGCCGCGCCGCCGACCUCGCCUCCCGCGCCCUCGCCGCCCGCGCCGACAUCGACGCCGCACGCGCGCGCCGGCUCCUCGUCGCCCGCGACCUCAGCUCGGUGAGGGGCGAGAUCGAGGAGGCCCAGAGGAGGGAGGAGGACUGGGACCGCUUCUACGAGGCCAAGAGGAAGGAGAUGGAGGAGUUCCAGGCGGAGUCGCGGCGGUUCGAGGCGGAGACUCGCGAGGAAGUGCAGAGGCUGAGGGAUUCGGUAUCUCAACUGAAAUCUGCACUGCAAGAGCUGCAGAGCAGCGCGAUGUACUCAAACAACACGGAGAUUGCUGCCGCAGAAGCUAGGAAGUCUGAUCUGACUGCUAAGAAGGCAAAGCUGGGCGAGAGCCUGGCUUCAGCCCGCCAGUUCAGAGCGCUGCUUCAGCAGCAACUCCAGAAAGCUUUUCAGUCACAGGUGGACGAUGGGGAUCAGAAAGAAGCUCAAGCUACUUCAGGUCCAACAAUCAUGCCAUGA